AAGAGGCACACGCUACCAAGAACCCUUUAAUUGUCUCCCUCCUUCGUCGUAAAGGCUGCUGGCCCUUCCGUAGCCAGUGACCUCCUCUACAGUCAGAGAUGGCAACACGGUGGAAGCCGACCGUCAAGGCCAAGCAGGCUGCAGCGGAGUCUUCCAUCAUCGAUGACUGGGAGAAUGACGAGGGGGAGCAGAGCAACACUUCACCAUCUGCAGCGGCCGAUGACAUCGGUACUGCAAAGGAUUCAGGUCAGGAUGCAUGGCCCUCACUGGGAUCAGCGGCAGCACCUAACAGGGCCUAUCGGAGUAGUCCGUCGGUAACACUGCUGGCCGCUCGCAGCAAGUCUGCCUCUUCCACACCAUUGCAGUCUGCCUCUCCCGCAUUCGGCUCUCCUCAAGCCUACCCCUUCUCAAUAGCUCCCCGAGUCACUGGUCCCCCAACGAACCUGCCACCUUCAGCUCUAGCUCCCGAGCCUGCACCUCAGAUCCUCCGGCGCGACCCCAACAGCAGCGCCUCAUCCUCCCGUGCCGGCUCCUCGAGCGCAGAAGGCGAUGCUGCGAACAGGAGAAAGACACUACAAGAGCGGGAAAAGGAGUACGAAGAGGCACGCAGGAGGAUCUUUGGAGAUGCGCCGGUCAAGGAGAGUGCGAUGAAGGCUGGAGAGGGCAAGGGUCAAGCUGAGAGCAAUCCGGAUAAGCGGAGAGGAGGAAAGAAGGGCGGUAGUCGGAGCGGCUCUCGGUCAGCGUCAGGGGACGGGCUCCAAAAGUCGAGGUCGGGAACCUCGACUCCAGAGAUCAGAAUGGUAGAAGGAACAUCAAGAUAGAGCAUCGGCGCGACUUCUUUGACGUGAGGUUUCGUCUCAUUCAUACCACGCCAAUGGCACAACUAUACAUAUUCUUCAU